GUGAGGAUGCGAGUGCAUCGCGUCGGCGGCUCGGUUGCCCCUGGCAGCCUCCCGAGGUUCCCGUCCCUGGAUGCUGGGAGGCCUCGACUGCGGCCGGUUGAGGAGGGCGGCCGAGGCCAUGGGGCGGGAACAUUGGGCCCAGGAGGCUUUGGGGAAGUAGCUCCCCUUCCUUCCUCAGGAGAGAGACCAGAGCCCCCUUCGGGAAUGGCGGCCGCGUGGCCUCAGCUGCGGAGGAGCGGGAAGUCUUUCCUUCUGGAUUUUUCCUUGGAUGAAAGCAUGCUGCCUUCCACUGAAGAUGGUAACCUUGAAUUAUGAUCAUGGAAAAGGGAAUAAGUUCUGUGGAAGUUCUUCCCUCCAAAUCUUCUCAUGCCACUACUGUAAGGAUGAUGGUGAAAGAACAUGAAGCGAUGCAGAAAGUGAGACAAGUGGGAUUUGUGCUUGUACAUGCAGGUGCAGGGUAUCAUUCUGAAUCCAAAGCCAAAGAAUAUAAGCAUGUGUGCAAAAGAGCCUGCCGGAAGGCGAUUGAAAAGCUACAGGCUGGGGCUCUUGUAACAGAUGCAGUGACUGCAGCGCUAGUUGAACUAGAGGAUUCACCUUUUACAAAUGCAGGAAUGGGAUCUAAUCUAAACCUUUUGGGUGAAAUAGAAUGUGAUGCCAGUAUUAUGGAUGGAAAAUCACUAAAUUUUGGAGCAGUUGGCGCUCUCAGUGGAAUCAAAAAUCCUGUUUCUGUGGCAAAUAGAUUGCUGUGUGAAGGACAGAAAGGAAAACUAUCUGCAGGCAGAAUUCCUCCUUGCUUUUUGGUUGGUGAAGGGGCCUUCAAAUGGGCAGUGGAUCAUGGAAUCCCAGCCUGUUCUCCAAGCAUCAUGGCAACAAGACUUAGCUUAGCAGCUUUUAAGCGGAACAAGAGAAAACUGGAAUUGGCGGAAAAAGUGGAAACAGAUCUCUUUCAGUUGAAAAAAAGAAGACAAUCAAGUGAAAAGGAGAAUGACUCAGGAACGCUAGAUACUGUUGGUGCAGUUGUUGUUGAUCAAGAAGGAAAUGUUGCUGCUGCAGUGUCCAGUGGAGGUUUAGCAUUGAAACAUCCUGGAAGAGUUGGUCAGGCAGCUCUCUAUGGAUGUGGCUGCUGGGCUGAAAAUGUGGGAAUUCAGAACCCUUAUUCUACAGCUGUGAGUACCUCAGGUUGUGGAGAGCAUCUUGUGCGGACCUUAUUGGCCAGGGAAUGUUCGUGUGCUUUGCAAAAUGAAGAUGCUCAUCAAGCUCUGUUGGAAACUAUGCAAAACAAGUUUAUUAGUUCACCUUUUCUAGCCAAUGAGGAUGGUGUUCUUGGAGGAGUGAUAGUUCUUCGAUCUUGUAGGUGCCCCCCAGAGUCCAACUCUUCACAGGAUAAGCAGCCACUACUUGUCGAGUUCCUGUGGAGCCAUACGACAGAAAGCAUGUGUGUGGGAUAUAUGUCAGCACAGGAUGGCAAAGCCAAGGUAUUGAAAUACAGAGCAGCAGUUGCAGUUUCUGAAUCCUUUUAAAAUGAAUUGCAGAGCCCAUGUCUGAAGAAACUGAAGACCCACAUUUCCAGGCUUCCCCCAGGAGCCGUGGCGGGGCAGUCGGUCGCCAUUGAAGGAGGAGUUUGUCGGCUGGAGAGCCCAGUGAGCUGAACUGCUUCUCUUCUGGUCAGCAAGGGGAGCGCAAAGGAUGUUUUGUAUCAUACGAUCUUUUGUGUUUUAACAGAUGUUGAGAAUUUUACUCUCGUUUUAUAUUCCUUAUUGCAACCACGUGCACUGUAACCUGAAACAAGUGCUGCUGUAGCUUUAUAUUAAUUCACUUUGUUUGAAUGUAUAUGAAAACUCGUCUCUUUGUGGAAUAGGAGCUCUGUUCCCAGUCGUGCACAUGAAGAUAAUGUACCGAUAAUUUAACAUUUCAAAACAUUUUUAUUUCUUAAUGGAUUACCCUAAGAUGAGAAUGCCCAGAAAUUGCAACAAGAAAUUGUUAAAAUUGUGUUGUAUGCCAUAGUAAAUGUAUUUGUUUCAUAUUGGGAGGAAAGUACAGGUUUCAGGGCUAACUGGAAUCCAAAAGUGAUUGAAUGCGCUUUCUAUUAUUUAAUGAUUUCAGUGAAUCCUGUGAUAUUGUAGACUUACUAUCUUCUUCCAUAUCAGGGCUUAUUUUUAAAAUUUCAGCAAAAAGUGGUGCAUUUCAAUGAAAUAGUCAAGGACAGGGUUAUGGCCUGACUUUUUAAAAAUUAAUUAUUCAGUUGGUGGUACUUUUCCUGGCUUACAUGUUAUAUAUAUAGCUUCAAGCUGUUAUGUAUUACGAAUGACUCUGUAGAGAUAAUGUACAGAGUCAUGAAGUCUUUGCUGUGUGUAUAAUGAAAUAUUGGAAUGUAAAUAAGAACAAAGUUUAUUGGAAGAAUCAAUAUUAUUCUUUGGUUUAAAUAUAUUUUUGAGAGAAUGCUGUGGAAAUAAACAAGCUGUUUUUGGACAAAUAAUGCAAUCUAUUAAAUUGAUGGCAGAGAAUCCUAAUUUUAGCUUUUUGCUUCAGUUCGUUAAGUCCCAGAUUUUCAGUGACUAUGUAUUAAUGUUUGCAAUUAAAUUUAUAUAUUAUGCAUGCAGAGUUGCAAGUGGCCUUUUCAACGUUUAUACAGGAGAGAUCAAUGAUACAUGAUUUAAUGUAUUUCCUUUGUCGUAGGUGUGCUUUUUUCCUUUUGACCUUUUCAGCAUUUUCAGGGUUGAUGUUUACAGGGAUAUAAUUACUAUAGAACAAUCUUGUUGAAUUCUUUGUGAACUGAACUGAACGGAAUAAGAGAACAUUAAUUGAGGUUUAUUUCCCCCCGUCUUGUGUUGAGAAGUGAUGUAUACCUCCUUUUAAAAUCUUUGAAAAUAUUCAUAAUCAUAUAAUCAAUUUGUCAAUUCAAGUUAUUAUCACUACAAAUGAAGGGAAAAUGCUUCAAAGAUUUGUACAUUCUCCUUGGUGUAGAAAAAGCAACCUCUCAUGGUUAGCCUUAUUUAGCAGUCUUUUAUCUAUUGACCUUCAGUCCUUCCAAAGUGCAUAUGAAUGCAAUUUCCACUAAUUUGGGAAGGCUGUGAGUUGUUCUUACCUUGGCUGAAUUAGCCUGUGUGUAAACCUUCAGCACUGAAGUCAUUUGAACCACAUUCACUGCAGCUGAGCCACUGAGCUCAGAAGGAACCUGCUCCUCCAGGUUUGAGACGAUGCAGGACUUUGCAGCACUGAUUUGCCAACUCUGGUGUUCAUCAAAGUAACAUCCUCAUUUUAAAUUAAGAAUUGUAACCAGUGUUGAUUGCUACCUUUCAUGUCAGUUUAAAGAAUUGCUUUCCUCCUGUGUAACUAUGGUCAUGCCUUCUCUUCCUAUUUUACUACUCUCAAAGCGGGAUAGUCUUCUCCUUCUGGAUCUGCAAGUUUAUAAUUGCGACAUUGGUAAAGGCACUGUACAAUAUAUUUGUGACCUGUAGUAACCAGUUUGCACACUUUUUGUGACACUUCAGUCAGUCCUAAUAAAGGUAUUGCCCAACUGUG